AUGGCAGAAACAGCUCCUGAGGCGUCUGAGAAACUGGUUGUCAUCCACUCCAAAGCUCACAAAGAUACCAUUCUAGCUAAUUUUGAAGAACAAAGGAAAAAGGAUUUUCUUUGUGACAUUACCCUAAUAGUGGAGAAUGUGCAAUUCAGAGCCCAUAAAGCCUUGCUUGCUGCCAGCAGUGAAUACUUCUCAAUGAUGUUUGUAGAUGAGGGUGAAAUAGGGCAGUCAAUUUACAUGUUGGAGGGAAUGGUUGCAGACACCUUUGGAGCACUGCUAGAAUUUAUCUACACCGGUUGCCUCCGCGCCAGUGAAAAAAGCACGGAACAAAUUCUGGCUACUGCACAGCUGCUGAAAGUGAAUGACUUGGUGUGGGCCUGCACAGACUAUCAGGCCAGCCGUAGCCCAAGCAAUGCGUUGCCAGCUCCGGCUAACAGUGGAGCCUCUGUAGCCGUUACUGCUAGUGACAAGAAAAACGAAGAUCCACCAAAGCGAAAACGAGGGCGACCGAGGAAAGUCAAGAAUGUCCAAGAAGAAAAACCAGCCGCAAAUUCUGCCGAAGAUGUGCAGCUGAGAGAGAACAACUCCAUGCAAAAUAAGCAAAAUUUUAUGAAAAAGGACACCGCAGAAGAAGAAACAGUUGUCAGCGAACAGGCUUCAGCAAGAAAAGAUGCAGAAGAAACUGAACCUGCUUGUGGCUCAGAAGCUGCUGUCGAUCUGUCAGCUGAGAAAGAUGAGAAUUAUGAUCCCAAAUCUGAAGGAAUACAGAGUACUCAGAGCCGUUAUAGCAAACGUAGAAUAAGGAGAUCCAUUAAACUAAAAGAUUAUAAGCUUCUCGGUGAUGAGGAUGAAAAGGGACUGGCAAAGAGAACUGAUGGAAAAAGAAAACGUGUAGGUUCUGAAGCUCGCUGUAAAGACUGUGGCAAAGUAUUUAAAUAUAAUCACUUCUUAGCUAUUCAUCAGCGGAGUCAUACAGGGGAGCGCCCUUUUAAGUGCAGUGAGUGUGGCAAAGGCUUUUCCCAGAAGCAUUCUCUUCAAGUCCACAAGCGGAUGCACACUGGAGAACGGCCAUACACGUGCACCGUCUGCAGUAAGGCUCUGACAACAAAGCAUUCUCUUCUGGAGCAUAUGAGCCUACAUACAGGGCAGAAGGCUUUUACAUGCGAUCAGUGUGGGAAAUACUUCAGCCAAAAGAGACAGCUCAAGAGCCACUACCGAGUACACACAGGCCAUUCACUGCCGGAAUGUAACCAGUGUCGUCGCAAAUUCAUGGAUGCAGCUCAGUUAAAGAAACAUCUAAGAACACAUACAGGUGAGAAGCCCUUCACUUGUGAAAUUUGUGGCAAAUCAUUUACAGCUAAAAGUUCUCUUCAGACUCACAUUAGAAUUCACAGAGGAGAAAAGCCAUAUUCUUGUGGUAUAUGUGGAAAAUCCUUCUCUGAUUCCAGCGCGAAGAGAAGACACUGUAUCUUACACACAGGCAAAAAGCCUUUCUCCUGCCCAGAAUGUAGUUUGCAGUUUGCUCGUCUGGACAACCUGAAGUCUCAUUUGAAAAUUCAUAGCAAAGAAAAGCAGUUUCAGGAAGCCAGUGCUGCUCCAAGCACCAACACUAAUUCUGAAGUGAGAAACAUUCUUCAGCUGCAGCAGUAUCAACUUGCCACCUCUGGAGGGCAGGAAAUUCAGCUACUGGUUACAGAUGCAGUACAUAACAUAAACUUCAUGCCUAGUCAUAAUCAAGGCAUUAGUAUUGUUACUGCAGAAAAUGCCCCAAAUAUGACAACAGAGCAGGCUGCUAACCUCACGCUGCUUGCCCAGCCACCGCAGCAGUUGCAAAACUUGUUGCUUUCAGCUCAGCAGGAGCAAGCGGAACAAAUCCAAAGUAUCAAUGUGAUUGCAAACCAAAUAGAGACUGCCCAGCCUGAACAAAUGCAUGUCAUCACUCUUUUUUCCAAGGAAGCACUCGAACACCUCCACGCUCAUCAAGGACAAAAUGAAGAAAUCCACUUAGCCGGAUCUUCACAUCCAGCUCAGCACGUGCAGUUGACUCAGGAAUCAAGUCAGCAGUCUCACUCUAGCCAAGAUACAGUUCCUUCCCAUCAAAUCAGUGAAGAACAGAAUCAAAGUGUACAUGUUUCUGAAUCCCAUCAGCAGUCUCUGUCAGUAAAUGAGUCAUCUCAUGAGCAUUCUAUUCAAGGACAGGCUUUCUGA